UCUCUCUCUCUCUCUCUCUCUCUCUCUCUCCAUAAUGCAAAGCGAAGUGAAACCCCGUGACGCCCUUGCUUUUCCUCCCACAGGCGAGUGCCGUGCCGGGGUGCAGGAAGGCCCCAGGUUCCUGAUCGAGCCGCCCGAUUCCCUGGCCUUCCUCAACACCACGGGGGCCGCCCUCCACUGCUCCGCCCACGGGGACCCCAAGCCCACGGUGACGUGGGUGACGGGCGAGGCCAUCCUGCAGGGCGCCACGACGGUGGUGGGCGUGCGGGAGAUCCUUCCCAACGGCUCGCUGGUGUUCCUGCCCUUCAGCCCGCGUUCCUACCGCCAGGAUAUCCACGCGGCGUCCUACCGCUGCCUCGCCUCCUCCAGCGUCGGCAGGAUCGUGUCCCGCACCGUCACCGUCAGGGCAGCUGCCGCAUCCCGCCCUACGUGAGGGAGUACGUGAAGGUGGUCGCGUGGGUGCAGGACGACGCCUACGUCAUCCAGCCGGGACUCGAGAGCGGAGGCAAGUACAUGAUCCUCCACGACGGGUCCCUCCACAUCUACCGGGCGGAUCCGAGCGACGGCUACCGGAGCUACCGGUGCCGGGCGAACCACACGCUCACCGGCGAGAUCAGGGACUCGUCGGCCGGGAGAGUCAUCAUCACAGAACCCCACGGGAAUGUUGCGCCGCGGCUGAGUGUGGACAAGCGCGCGACGGUGACGGUGCGGGCGGGAGAGUGGGCGGUCCUGCCCUGCGCCGCCCAGAGCCACCCCACGCCCACGUACAGAUGGGUGAGACUCGGCGAUGGCAUGAUGUCCGGCGUCGUGGGCGGGUCCUCUCGCUACUCGCAGGUGGGCGGCCUCCUGGUGAUCACGGGCGUGGGCGUAGGGGACCAAGGGCGCUACAUGUGCUUCGUAAAAGCGGCCACGACUGUCGCGCCCGCUGAGGGUCACGAGCCCAUCAGCGUGCACGUGUCCCCCCGGCGGCUGGUGGUGGACAUGGGCAAAACAGCGGAGUUCCGGUGCGUGGUGCAGGGCCACCCGAUCACCUCCGUCACGUGGCUGCGGAACGGGAAGAGUCUCCCGCCGGAUGGAAGGUUCGUGACGUCCCCGCGGGAGGUGCUGACGGUGCACAAGGUGGGGAAGGACGACAGAGCCAUGUACCAGUGCGUCGUCACCUCCCGCCACCACAACAUGCAGGCGGCGGCGCAGCUGGCUCUAGGAGAGACUGGAGAAAAACAAGAGUCUCCAUCUUUACAUCGAGAGAGCGGGCGAAGUAUAGGCAAUCAUAUCAAAAGGCAACAAUACACUGGACGUAACAGGGCCGGCACAAUAACAAGUGCGAGGGCGACGACAGCAAACACUUUACGCAUGUUUGUUUACAAUCGCUUGGCCCGGGUUGCCAGCUGCACGACGACGGUUGCAGUGGAAGGCGUGUUGAAGAGAUUGCACGAGGCAGCCGUUGCAAUUCAGCGUGUAUCUGACAAGUCUCUUGCUGCCGCUUGUCGAAGGCUUACUCUGAAGAAGCGUGUUCAGGUACCAGGUGACAAGUGCCAGGUACCAGGUGCCAGCUACAGCAUAAAGGAGGAAACAUCUUUUAUACUAACAAUCACAACUACAACCGCCUGUGCUAGUACCAUGAAAGUUGUUGCUGCCACUUGUACUGAACUAUUGUCACCAUGUCCACUGUCUAGUACCGCUGCUGCUACUGCUCCUAACACUAUUGCUGUUUCUACUGCGUUGAAAAAUCUGGGACUCGUGUUUCUGCUGUACAUUUCUGCUUCGGAAACUACUAAUAACGGCCGCGCCCUUCCGACGGACAUUCGGCAGCGGGUGUUCGAGAAUGGGACGCUGGUGGUGAUGCAGACGAUGCGGCAGAGUGACGGCGGCCGCUACACCUGCCGAGCCACCAACCCGCACGGACACACCGCCUCCAGGGACGUCACCGUGUCCGUCACAGUCCCCCCGAAGAUCAUGCCGUUUUCCUUUGCCAACAACAUCCUGAGCGAGGGAAACCGAGCAUCUCUCACCUGCCAGAUCCUGGAGGGCGACCUGCCCGUCAACUUCAGGUGGGAGAAGGACGGCGGGCCGGUGCCUCUGUACGACGGCAUCACGACGCGCCUCCUGGACGACUACCAGACACAGCUCGUCAUCGAGAAGAUCAGCUCGAGGCACAACGGCGACUACACCUGCCUCGCCUCCAACUCGGCCGCCACCAGGUCCUACACCGCCACGCUCACCGUCAACGUGCCGCCCCACUGGGUGACGGAGCCGCAGGACACGGGCGCCGCGCAGGGCACCACCGUCACCCUCAACUGCCAGGCCGACGGCUACCCGACGCCCUCCGUCACGUGGAAGAAGGCCACAGAGGAGGGCAGCGGCAGCAGCAGCGGCGCCUCGGCCUCGGGCCAGGGCGACUACCACGAGCUGGUGUACGGCGCGCGCGUCGAGGUCUUCAACAACGGCUCGCUGGUGUUCCGCAACGUGCAGAAGUCGACGGAGGGCCAGUACCUGUGCCAGGCGCACAACGGCAUCGGCGCCGGACUCAGCAAGGUGGUCUACCUCACCGUCAACGCGCCGGCCCACUUCCCAGAGAAAAUGGGGCGCGAGGUGGUGCGCAUCGGGCAGACGGCGGUGCUGCGGUGUCCUGCCCGCGGCGACCGCCCCAUCGACAUCUUGUGGUCCGUCGACGGCCGCCGCCUGGACCCCCACGCCGACCCCAGGUGGGCACACAAGGACUCUAGGAUUGAGGUGCGCGAGGAGGUCAUAGACGGUGGCCUGACCUCAGAGCUGGCUCUGACCUCCGCCGCCAGAUCACACUCGGCCACUUACACCUGCCACGCCGCCAACGCCUUCGGCAGAGACACCAGGAACAUCGAGCUGGUGGUGCAAGAGGAGCCCGAGCAGCCCAAGAACCUGCGCGUGGUGGAGACGCACAGCCGUCGCGUCAAGCUGUCGUGGACGGCUCCUUACAACGGAAAUUCUCCCAUCCAGAACUACCUCAUCCAGUAUAAGUUAGCUUCCGAGCCUUGGCCAGGGAUGCCGGAGCAGCUGAGCGUGCCUGGCGAGCAGACGGAGGGCGUGAUCCACGAUCUCGUCCCGGCCACCGCCUACCACCUCAGGGUCACCGCCCAGAACUCCCUCGGCCUCGGCACCCCCUCCGAAGUCAUCCAGGCGGCCACCGACGAGGAGGAACCGUCGGGUCCGCCCCAAGAGGUGCGCGUGACGCCCGAAUCGUCGACGUCGCUCCGCGUGACGUGGGAGCCGCCCGCGCGAGACUUGUGGAACGGCAACAUCCUCGGCUACUACGUGGGCUACAAGUCACACGUCCACGCUACGGACUACAACAUCCAGACGGUCGAGGUCGGGUCGGCGUACGGGGGCAGCACCACCCUGUCGGGGCUGCAGCAGUACACUCGCUACGAGGUGGUGGUUCAGGCCUUCAACAACCGCGGCGUCGGACCGCUCUCGCCCCCCGUCAUCGCCACCACGGAGGAGGACGCGCCCAGCCUGCCCCCGGAGACGAUCCGGUGCGAGGCGACGUCGUCCCAGAGCAUCUCGGUGGCGUGGCGCCCGCCGCCCGUGCGCGGCCAGAACGGCCUCAUCAAGGGCUACCGCGUCCUGUACCGGCCGGCCACUGACUACCCAGAUCCUCCACACCAACUAGAUACUCCCUCGGCAGAUGAGGAAGCUCAGGCGGAGACCACGGCCGAAAGCACCAACAUCUUCAGCCUCGAGAAGUACACCAACUACAGCAUCAGCGUCCUCGCCUACACCAGCGCCGGCGACGGGGUACCCUCUUCGCCCGUCUACUGCAGGACGCUGCAGGAUGUGCCCGACGCCCCCGCCGGGAUCAAGGCCGUCAUCAGCUCUGCCAAGACGGUGCUGGUGACCUGGUUGCCGCCGGCCAAGGUCAACGGGAUCCUGACGAAGUACACGCUCUACAUGGCCGUCAGCAGCCAGGGGAGCCGGAGAGAGCUCCCCUCGCGCACCCUGGGCCCGGCCGAGACCUCGUACGUGGCGGAGAGCGUCAGCACCAAGGACAAGUACGAGUUCUGGGUGUCAGCCUCGACGCAGAAGGGCGAGGGGAAGGCCACGGGCAAGAUCGAGGUCCAUCCGAGCAGCAAAGUCAGAGCCCAGAUCGCGUCCUUCGGCGGCCCCCUGGAGGUGGCGUGGAAGGAGGACGUGCGGCUGCAGUGCCACUCCGUCGGGGAGCCUCCGCCAGACAUCGAGUGGAAGCUCAACGGCAACAAGAUCACUCCCUCAGACAGAAUACAGGUUCGUCCCAACGGAUCGCUGUUCAUCCGGGACGUGCAGAAAACGGACGCGGGGAACCUGAGCUGCGCGGCCGUCAACACGCACGGCACGGACAGCAUCACGUACAUUCUUACUGUGCAGGUCCCGCCCGCGCCGCCCACGCUCUACGUCCAAGGGAGUUCCAGAGACGCCCUCACUCUGCGCUGGAGCCUCCGCCCGCACCACGCCCUCGUCAGGGGCUACAUCCUCAACUACAAGCGGGAAUACGGCAACUGGGAGGAGGUGGAGCUCCACACGGCCAGGACCACCCACACGCUGUCCGGCCUCGUCUGCGGGUCCCGCUACCAGCUCUACGUCACCGCCUACAACAAGGUGGGCACAGGACUGCCCUCGGAGAUUCUCACCACCUCCACCAAGGGGUCGGAGCCGGUCGUGCCGAGUCGCUCCCGAAUGCUGGAUGUCAACUCGACGUCCGUGCUGGUCCACCUGAGCACGUGGGGCGACGGAGGCUGCCCCAUCCUCUACUACGUCAUCGAGUAUCGCGUCGCGUCUGCCAGGGACUGGAUCUCGGUGGCCAACAACGUGGCGCCGAGCGAGAAGACGUACGUCAUCCGCGACCUGAUCCCGGCCACGCGCUACAUCGUGCGGGUGACGGCGCACAACCACGCAGGGUCAAGCGUGGCCACGUAUGACGUCACAACACUAACGCCGGAGGGAGUCCUCCUGCCGGGCGAGGACGGCACGAAGGACCUGGCCAUCUCGCCGCCGCUGUACCAGGACCUUCGCGUCGUCAUCCCGGCGGCCGUGGUCGUCGUCAUCGUCAUCGAGGUCAUCAUGGCCAUCGUCUGCGUCUUCAGGAGGAGGAAAAUGCGCGAGCGGGGGAGUUCGGGCGGCAUAGCGGAGUCCCCCUCGACGGCCCAAAUCCAGAACCAGCAGAACCAGCACCAGCAGUACUCCGCGCUGCCGGCCAACACGCCCUCCACGCAGGACACGAGCACCAACAAGGAUUCCUCCGAAUACAUCGAGGAUAUCUGCCCUUACGCGACCUUCCAGCUGCCUGCCGUGCCCAAGAGCCAGUACGGCGAGAGCACGGACUCGGGCAUCGUCUACUCCGGGCCGUAUCACUCCGUGCAGGGGGCCUUCGUCUACCACGACCCCAAGAUGGCUCCUCUCGAAACCUUCCCUCUCAGACAUCAAAAGGAGCCGGAAUACACGAAGGUCAGAAGAAAAGGCAGGCGGGAUCCACACGUCGAGAGUACAGAGUCAGACAACUUAGGUAGUACAGAUUCGGAGGUGAAGAAGAUCCUGUCGCUGCACAUGCCCAUCAGCGAGUACGAUACCCAGGGCAGCGACUCGGAGGGCCCUGGACCCAGGGACUCCCCCCCGACCUUCGCGGAGUCGGCCGGUCUCGCCCACGCCCACAUCCACGCCCAUCCUGCCCAUAGUAGCAGAUCACGUCCCGAGUCUGCCAUAAGUCAGAUCCGAAGUAGUACAGAUAUUUUCAAGCACCGCGUCAGGAGCAGACAGCAAGAACCCGUCAAGUCGCAGGAGAACAGCAGCUCCUCGACCGACACCUCGAGCUCGGGGCGGCGGGCGCAUCCGCGGCGGGGAAAGAAGUCCACCAAGCGGCAGAGUCGCUCGACCUCGAGGACAGGCUUCGAGGAAACGUCCUUCAGCCACCCCGUCGUGGAACGCCACACGCCUAGCGAGCGGCUGUCGCACUCGGGGGCGCCCCCCCCGCCUCCCCCCCGGGGCUUCUCCGACUCGAGGGACUUCGGGCAGGCCGAGUGCGAGCGCCUGGGGGGAAAGAGGGCGGUGCUCGCCGGCCCCUCCUCCAAGUCUCACCACCUGCAGAAGUACUACAAGGGCGCCCGGCCGCGUGAGGCCGGAUACCAGAUAAACGUUUGAGGCUCUUGGGAAGAAAGUGCUUUUGCUCCGGGUGUUUCGGUGUGACACAGCAAGGAAAAAGGUGAAAGUCGUAGGAAAAAAGGAAAAGAAAAGAAAAGUAGAUUAAAGAAAAAGAAAGAAAAACGCGUGAAUACCAGUGGUGAUCGCACACGCUGUCGACUUCCAUCCAGUGCUGCCGAGAGCCGCGGGUCUCAGCUGCCGACUCGGAGCUCCAGCGAGAGAGUGACCUUCCGGAGACCAGCCGAGACCAGAAACAAAGGCCAGAAAGACUAGCCGAGACCAGAAGGACCAGCCGAGACCGAGAAGCCGGGGCAGCGGCACAGGCUGGAGGAGGACCCAGGAGGAGUACGUGAUCCUCUCAAGGUGUCUUGAACCUUUUCCCAAAAUCCGCGGGACCUGCGUAGCUUUAAGAGGGCUUGUCUGGUUCGGAAAUCAGUUUGAAGAUCCUUAAAAAAAUGUCAGUA